AUCAGACGAACCGCCAGAUGAACCAUCGGGUGAAGUGGCGAACCACCAAAAGAACCACUCUAGAACGCCGCCAAGGAAAUGAAGGAGGAGAAACCAAAUGAAGGGAGAGCAGGCAAUAUCCCGGUAACACCACCAGAUCGUGCUUCGUGUGUCCACAAACAAGCAAUUCUGCCCCUCACGUCACCUCCCACGGGGGCCAAACCGGUGCGAGAGGGCGAUGGGGCGAUUCAGCGGAUGCGGUGGCCCCACGAAUCCCAUCCACAUAGCAGGGAUCUCGACCUUCACCGUUCCGGCCAGUCGGCACCAUGAUCAGUCUAGGUUGCACUGGGACGGUAAUCUCAACUCCAGGAGUAACACAAAUAUAAGACCUCGAGCCAGACUUGCUAUCUCGGAGAAAGAAUACCGCUGUUCGUUGCAUCCUACCAAGUUUCUUCUUCUCCCUCGUUCAGGGCCUUACACUCUUUUGCAUCACCACGUUCAUUCACAAACUUUAGUCACUCUUUUUCAGACUUCGACACACACACUCUCUUUUUACCCUGAAUCUGGAAUUCAUCAUGAAGGGACUCAUUCUCAGCACCGCUCUCGUCAGCGGAGCCAUGGCCGCGGCCGGCCCCUACAUGCCCUGCGGCGGCAAGGGAUUCACCGGCGAGACGACCUGCGUGUCCGGUUACACGUGCACAGUCCAGAACGAAUACUACAGCCAGUGCGUCCAAGGAAGCGCCGCCGGCGCCGUCAGCGCCCAGGCCCAGGCCACCACCCUGAGGACAUCGACGAGACGGUCUUGUAAGUCCAAACCGGCUUACGCCAGCGACGUCGCGCCGCAUGUGCCCACGACGACUAGCUCGCCUUCUUCGAUCUCGGCCCCCGCCGUCGUUUCCGUGUCAUCAUCCGCGAAGCCCGUUGACACCAAGCCAGCUUCGUCGAUGUCUACUCACGCCGCCUCGAUCGUCAUCCCCGUCAAGUCUUCGAGUGCCCCCGUCAAGUCUUCGGCUACUUCUGCCAAGCCCUCUGCUGCUGAGGUGAAGCCUACCACCACUGCUGCUAAGCCCUCAACUACCUCGGCUGCUCCCGUCACCACGAAGGCUUCUUCGUCCUCCAAGGCUGCCGCCCCUACUUCUGCGUCCGCCCCCGCCGCGUCCGCUUCAUCGACUCCUGUCAAGAGCGGAAAGUUCAAAUGGUUCGGUAUCAACCAGUCCGGCGCCGAGUUCGGUCCCGGCUCCCUUCCCGGCACCGUCGGCAAGGACUACGUCUUCCCUGACGCCAACUCCAUCACUACCCUCCUGAAGGAUGGAUACACGACCUUCCGUGUCAGCUACCUCAUGGAACGUCUCGUUCCCAGCGGCCUCACCGGCACAUUCGACGCCGCCUACCUCGCCGGCCUGACCAAGGCGAUUGAGCAAAUCACCUCCGCCGGCGGCUACGCCGUCCUCGACGCCCACAACUACGGCCGCUUCCAGAACAACAUCAUCACUGACACCGCCGCCUUUAAGACUUACUUCACCAACCUGGCCACGCAGUUCAAGUCCAACGCCAACGUCGUGUUCGACACCAACAACGAGUACAACUCCAUGGACCAGGACCUCGUCCUCAAGCUCAACCAGGCCGCCAUCGACGGUAUCCGCGCCACCGGCUCCGAGAACUGGAUCUGGGCCGAGGGUAACUCCUGGACCGGCGCCCACAGCUGGACGAGCGUCAACGACAACAUGAAGGGCCUGACGGAUCCUCUCGACAAGACUGUCUACGAGAUGCACCAGUACCUUGACAGCGACAGCAGCGGUACCUCUGCCGACUGCGUCUCCGCCACCAUCGGAGUCGAGCGUGUCAAGGACGCCACCGCGUGGCUCCGCACCAACAAGAAGGUCGGUGUUCUCGGCGAGUUCGCCGGCGGCGCCAACGCCCAGUGCAAGGAGGCCGUCGCCGGUCUGCUCGACUACCUCCAGGAGAACAGCGACGUGUGGCAGGGAGCCGCGUUCUGGGCCGCUGGAUCGAUGUGGGGCUCUUACAUUUUCUCUUUCGAGCCCGAGACGGGCACUGGAUACAACUACUACAACGAGUUGUUGAAGACAUACCAGUAAAGGAUCGGGCAGAACCGCAAGGGCCCAAGGCGGCUAGAUUAACUCUGGGAAAAGUUGAUUUAAUUUCUUGUAUAUAAAGUAGAAACUUCUCAGGAUAUUCCAGGGACGCUUGGCUGAGGCCGUGAUUGGCAUCUCGAGAUGUCGUGAUGGCUUCAUUUAUGCACUCAAGGGCUAGGUCCCGUCACCUGAUCUCAUAACAUAGUCGCAGCGCUAAACCAUUGAGACGCCCGCGCAGC